AUAUAUAGAGUACUUCUCUUCGCCAGCUGAUGCUGCUGGUCAAAUUAGUGUUCAGUCGUAUAUUUUCAAAAUGGCGGACGACGAUAUGGAAGGUUAUGACGAUGACCUAGAUGAGGUUGAAGAAGAAGACCCCUUUGAAGAUGUAGAUGACUUAGAGCCCACAGAAGAUACUGAGAAUAUUGAAAUUUUGCCCACAGCAGAAGAAAGCCAAGAAUCAACCAAAAGAAUCACAACACCAUAUAUGACAAAAUAUGAGAGAGCAAGGGUUUUGGGAACAAGAGCCCUACAAAUCAGUAUGGGUGCCCCUGUCAUGGUGGAACUUGAAGGUCAGACAGAUCCUUUACAGAUAGCCAUGAAGGAACUCAAGGCAAGAAAAAUUCCCAUUAUUAUUCGGCGAUACCUUCCAGAUGGAAGCCAUGAAGACUGGGCAAUAGAUGAACUUAUCAUCACAGAAUAAAACAGUGUCUGACUUAGAUGUACAACUUAGGAGUUUAUAUGUCCUUAUAUGAAAAUACUUUAUUUUCCUUUCUUUUUACCCCACCCAUGAGAGGACUGUAUAUCCUCAGGAACUUCUCAUAUUAUCCCUUCAGUUUGUUCCUGUUAUGUAUUUAUGUAGCAUGCAUCUCAUGUAUUUUCUCAUCAUUGUAGAAUGCUUUUGAUGAACAUUAAAAAGAGUUCGCUCUUUGGUUUUAUUUAA